CAUACGGCCACCUCGGUCGACCCGCACAAUCUCCCCAUCUGUCCUGGCCGGGUGAUCCGCGAACAAACACAAGUCUACUUUCGCAAAGUGACAGGAUGCAGCACCAGACUGCGAGACACCGACAGUCCUUCUCGAAGGCAGCGAUGGACCAGGUCAUCUGUGAGGGAUGGGUUCUGAAGAAGAGGCGGAAGAAGAUGCAAGGCUUCGCCCGCCGCUACUUCAGGCUACAGCAGUCGGGAUGGCUCACGUACUCUUUUGAGCCUGGGCAACCCAGCCGGGAUCAGAUCUUUCUGCCUCAUGCAGCCAUUUCAAGUACACCCGGUCGAAGUGACAUCCAUGUCGAUGCGGGCAAUGCAACCUUCCAUAUCAAGUGCCUUACUGUGGAGGACUUCAACAAAUGGAUGUCGGCAUUCCGCAAAUUCUUAGCCCCAAAGGAUGGGCAGGGACCGUCCAGUCCCACGUUGGGAAGACGAUCGACCGUCAGGUCUCUACGCGCAACACAACUGGGUGGUCUGGGGAAAGCGGGGCCUCUGGUAGAGGAGAUGAGCAACACGAUCAAUGAGAUGCAAAGCCUUCUCACUGCAUGGCACGAAGAGUCGCUGCAACGCAGAAGCGGCUCGAUACGUUCUAAGGGAGACAGGGAGAAGAGGGACCGGAGUAAGGAACAUAGCGGUCACGUACUGGGAUUCCUCAAGAAAGCCGCACCUCAACACCAACAGCCGAGUCCUCCCCGCGACAGCACUCAGGAAGAACCUUCUGAUGCGGGUCCGUCGUCAAGCGCCAACGUGGAGAAGCUACAAGCCGUGCUGGACACCCUCAAGCACCAACACUCUGCCCUCAUGCGCAUGCUGCCCAGUUAUCCAACCCUCGACACGCCGCUGUCCCCGACCGCAGGCUCGUCGCUGGCAGCUACCUCGGAGGAGGACGGUGAACAGACGCCGACUGCGGGCACAAGCCUUGCGCAGAAGCUCGGGCGGAUGUCCAUGAUGAGUUCGAACAGUGGAGGCAGCAAUAGUGUCUGGUUCGACGCACCAGAACCUGAGGGUGCGGAAGAGUUCCUGCUGGACUCAACACCUGGGGAAGAAGGAGUCAAUGGGAUACUUGACGAGGACGUCCAGCCAAGCAGUCCAACCUCUCAGUCGGAUGUCGUCUCUAGCUCGGAUGCGACUACAGACGCGGAUACGGAUGCUGCUGAGAGUGACAGUGAAUCCGAUGCUGCGCCGGAGACUGCGCCGACGAGUCCCGCACAGUCAACUGAGGAUAGGCAGAUUGUCCGUCGAGCAGAGUUGCCAUCAGGAGUGGUAGGCGAUGAGGGCAGUCUCUUUGCGGUCCUGAAGAAAAACGUCGGGAAGGAUCUCUCCCAAGUGGCAAUGCCGGUCUCGUUCAACGAGCCCUUGACCCUUCUUCAAAAGAUGGCUGAAGAGCUUGAGUAUCACGACCUCCUGUCUCAAGCAGCGCGUACGGAUGAUUCUGUCGAUCGGUUGUGCAUCAUAGCUGCGUUUGCCGUCUCGACAUACGCGAACACAAAGUACCGAACAGGGCGUAAGGGCUUCAAUCCGAUGCUCGCCGAGACAUUUGAAGAGUCACGGAUGAGGUUCAUCGCGGAGAAAGUGUCUCACAACCCUGUCAUUCUUGCGUAUCACGCAGAGGGCGAUGGAUGGGAGCUUUGGGCUACGUCGAGCGGCAAGACGAAGUUCUGGGGCAAGAGCCUCGAGAUCAUUCCCCAGGGGACGACACAUCUCAAGCUUGGUAAGGAGCACUAUCAAUGGAAGAGGCCGUCAUCAUUUAUGCGGAAUCUUAUGAUGGGUACUAAGUACCUGGAGCAUUGCGGCAAGUUGAUCAUCGAGCACACCGCAUCUGGCGGCAAAUGCGUGCUCGAUUUCAAGGAAGGCGGAUACUGGGGGCCCGCAAAUCAGGUUUCCGGCGCGGUGGUCUCACCAAACGGGAAGACCCAAGCCCACCUCGAGGGGAAAUGGGACGAACAGAUGGCGCAGAAGCUGGACUCCUCACACCUGCGCGUGCUCUGGCGAAUCACACCCUUCCCGAAGAAGGCGCCCGAGUUCUACGGGUUCACGACGUUUGGCAUCACGCUGAACGAGAUCACACCCGACCUGGAGGGCAGACUACCACCCACAGACUCCCGCUUCAGGACGGAUGUCCGAGCACUAGAGGAGGGGGACAUUGAUAGUGCGGAAGAGGAGAAGAAGCGUAUUGAGGAAAUGCAACGGGAUAGGCGGAAGUGCGGUGGCGAAGCCAAGCCGAAGUGGUUCAAGCAGCAGGGCGACGAGUGGGUGUACGUGGGUGGUUACUGGGAGCAGCGAGAGCGCGGAUGGAAGGACAUCCAGCCUCUGUGGUAAGGACAGAAGCCGAGACUAGCUGACCGGACUAUGUUAUCAAUAAGUAAUAUCUUCUUGGACAU